CUGACUUUGAUAUCUUUAUAAGAAACAUUUGCGUUGAUGAAGCAACAGUGUGCCCUGUAUUGAACAAUAUACAUCACAUAAUCCUGCAUCUUAUUAGCAACCAUGAAAGUAAUACUUAUAUUUGGAAUGUUUGUGGGAACAGCUUUAUGCUGUUCUAGUGAUCAGUAUACGUGUGAGGACGGAGAAUGUAUUCCAGGGAGUUGGCAGUGUGAUUCCUAUGUUGAUUGUAGUAAGGGAGAGGAUGACAUGGGCUGCACAGGUUGUGACAGUGAUCGUUUCCACUGCUCUGAUUUUCCUCUCUGUGUUAAAUGGUGGGGAGUAUGUGACGGUAUAGAUGACUGUGGUGAUAACUCAGACGAACGUGGCUGCGCUAACCUUUGCUGGUAUGAUUUGCCAUACAGCAAACGCGGUUUAACCAGUUCUAGUGCUGAGAAAGUAGUAUCCAGGGGUAUCAAUAAAAGAGGCAAAGUAGAAGCUGCAGGAACAAACAUGCACAAAAAGGAAAAUGAGGCACAGAAAAUAGCUAAUAAAAUGGAAAAGCUCAGACUGCUUAGCAGAGGAAAAGAUGGCAAAUAAACAUGGAAAAAAAACGGACGACUUUGCUAAAAAAUUGGACUUGUCAACGGACUAUGGUAUUUGCGUUAUUUUGAAAAAAUCAUUUUUGAUAUUCUUUAGGGCUGUACUAAUCUUGUCAUAGCGUUGUUUGAUCAUUUCAUGUUGUAUUAAUGUUAAAGUUUAAUCUAACCCUUCUUUGGUAAUAUCUACCAAAACCUGCAGACAAUAUUUAUUGAUAAUAUAUUUUCGUAUUUUACACUCUUCAAUGAAAUAUGAAAUAUAAAAUGUAAGAUAUACCCUUUCCAAUUUGUAUCUUUGAUUUAGAAACAAACAUUUUAUUGAAUGUAGAUUUAUCUAUAUAUUGUUUAGAGCGUUACAUACGUAUUUUGAUGUUAUUGCUAUUAACAAAAUCAUUAUUCAUUCUAACUUCUGUCUUUUCUAAAUAAAAUCUUUCUUGCAAAUGCA